CAUAACUUUUGUUCUACAUCUCUUUGGGACGACAGACAGGCCGUAUUAGGGACGGCCAUGGUUGAGACGAACGCUGGCAGCCGUGAUGCUGUUCAGGCGAGCGCUACGAAUCCAACACCAGAGCACGCACCCAUAUCACACUCAGAAAAGGCUGGACAAGACUACCCACAGCCAAACUUGAACCCAGAGCUGUUCGUCGUCGCCAGCAGGGACCCGGCUAUCGACGCGGCUGGCAAGAAAGGCGGUGUCGAUCCUGGGAACGAGGGCACAACGCCCAACAGGAGCGAUGACCAAGAAGAUGAUGAUGACGAUGACGAGGAGGAGACAUACCCCGAAGGUGGACUGCGCGCAUGGCUCGUUGUCCUUGGAUCUUGGAUGGCGCUCGUGUCGUCCCUGGGUCUCAUGAACACCAUCGGUGUGCUGCAGUCAUAUGUUGCGCAAAACCAACUUUCCAGCUACUCUGAGGGCACUGUCGGUUGGAUAUUUUCGAUAUAUACCUUUUUGUCCUUUGGGAUGGGUUUAUAUAUUGGUCCCAUAUUUGACAAGUAUGGGCCGAGGUGGCUGAUAUUACUCGGAACUAUGUUGCUGGCUACCGGCACCAUGAUACUCAGCAUAUGCACCGAAUUUUGGCACUUCGUCGUCGCCUUUAGCCUCAUCGACGGCAUGGGCACCGCUUUUAUGUUUACGCCCGCCAUUACAGCCAUAGGCCAUUGGUUCCGUGACCGCCGGGGUUUGGCGACCGGCAUCGCCUCGACGGGCGGCGGUGUCGGCGGCGUCGUGUUCCCCCUGAUGCUGUCGGACCUCUUUGAGAGGGUCGGCUGGGCAUGGGCGGUGCGCGUGCUAGGUUUCGUGAGCAUCGCCCUGGCCAUCGCGGCCAACUUCUUGAUCCGAUCGCGGCUGCCACCGGCCAAGAACGCCAGCGCUCACCCGGACCCGCGCAUCUUCCGCAACGUGGCCUUUUCGCUGACGACGGCGGGCAUCUUCCUGAUGGAGUUUGCGCUCUUCAUCCCGCUGGGGUACAUAUCGCUGUACGCAAAGGCGCAGGGGUUCUCGGCGGCGUUUUCGUUCCAGAUCCUGACGGUGCUCAACGCGGCUUCGGUGCUGGGCCGGGCGCUCCCCGGCUGGUGGGCCGACAUCAUCGGGCCGGCCAACGCAAACAUCAUCGCCAUCCUGCAGUCGCUCAUCGCCUGCUUGGCCAUCUGGCUGCCGGCGGGCGGGACGACGGCCGGAAUCGUCGUCUUUGCCAUCCUGUUUGGCUUCGCCAGCGGGACCAACAUCAGCCUCACGCCGCUCUGCAUCGGGCGCCUGUGCAAGACACAAAACUACGGCCGCUACUAUGCCACGGCCUACACGCUCGUGUCGUUUGCCUGCCUGGUCGGCAUCCCCAUCGGCGGCAACAUCCUGGCCGCGUGCGGUGGCGACUACUGGGGCUUGAUUGUGUUUACGGGCUUGUUGUAUCUGCUUUCGCUGGUGUUUUUCGUGUCGGCAAAGGUUUAUUCUGUAGGGUGGAAUCCUUGGGUAUUCUUUUGAUCUGCAGGAGGG